UCUACUUCCACUUUCAUAUCCCUUAAACAGUUUUUCCCCCAAUAACAACAACAACGACAAAAGAUCUACUGCAAACAGCUUUUUAAAAUCUUUGCUAACAGGGUAAUGACAGAAUAAAUUCUAAAUCAAGAGGGUUGAGGGGAGAACACAGAAGGAAAGGUAACAAUAAAAGAACUUUAUAGGUAUAAACACGAUACAUUUUACCAAAUAAAAAUAAAAAUCCACUUUCUCCUGUUCAAUUGCCAUGCCCACAGAGUAAACACAGAAUACUUACAAGUUAGCAUCUGUGUGUGUGUCAGUGUCUGUGUGUGUGUGUUCUCUCUUCCUCGGAUUGGGAUACCUCGAGCUAAUUUGAUGCUAUCCGUUGGGUGGCCCACAAAAUGAUGCUUAAAGACCUAAAGAUGCAUAAAUUAGGAAGUCCUACAAUGGCAGAGGACGGGCAUUGUAACUCUUCUCUUUAUGCGCUCUUAUAGUUCGACCCAAGAGCCUUUUUUUUUUUUUUUAAACACUUUAGAUGAUGGAACCUGGAGGGGCUGGCAGCUGGAGAGGCCGGGGCGAGUCCCGCAACGCCACCCCUCCCUGUCUUAGCACACGCCGCCCCCGCCCAGUCAUCCUGGACGGCGCUUCCCAGUCACUUUGGGAAACUCUGGUCGGGAGGCGGCCAACGCCGGCCACGAACGCUGCUCAGAGCUCCAGGGCCGGACACCCGGCGACGCGCACGAGGACGGGCGGCAAGAAGACCCUCCCGGAGCAUGCAGCCCCCCUUACCUUCGCCGUCUCUGUUCCUGGGGGGUGUCAAUGACCAUUGUCUGCCCGUUCGGGAUGUUGCUCCGCCCCCCGAGGCUGUCGUAAACCUGGCGCUGGACUAAAAUAAACCCAGCUCCGCAGCCCGGCCGCACCGCGCAGAGGUGGUGGCGACGAGCGGCGCCGCGUCCCGCCCGCCCGCGCCCCCGGGCCCCACCUAGCCGCCCGCCGAGCCAUGUCGUUGAGCCCCAAGCACACGACGCCCUUCUCCGUGUCCGACAUCCUGAGCCCCAUCGAGGAGACCUACAAGAAGUUCGGCGGCACCAUGGACGGCGCGCCGCCCGGCCUGGGGGCGCCGCUGGGGUCCGCAGCCGCCGCCUACCGCGCGCCUCCGCCCGGGCCGGCCCCGCAGGCGGGGAUGCAGGCGCCGCACGCCGUCGCUGGGCACAAUGCAGCGGCCGCCGCGGCGGCGGCAGCGGCGGCUGCGGCGGCGGCCGCUACCUACCACAUGCCGGCGGGCGUCUCACAGUUCCCGCACGGCGCUAUGGGCGGCUACUGCAACGGCGGCCUGGGCAACAUGGGAGAGCUGCCCGGCUACGCAGACGGCAUGCGGGGCGGCGCGGCGGCCGCGGCCACCGGCUGGUACGGCGCCAACGCGGACCCGCGCUACUCCUCAAUCUCCAGGUUCAUGGGACCGUCGGCGAGCGUGAACGUGGCCGGCGUGGGCUCGCUGAGCGGCAUCGCCGACGCCGCCAAGUCGCUGGGCACGCUGCACGCGGCCGCCGCCCCGCGCCGGAAGCGGCGCGUGCUGUUCUCGCAGGCUCAGGUGUACGAGCUGGAGCGGCGCUUCAAGCAGCAGAAGUACCUGUCGGCGCCUGAGCGCGAGCACCUGGCCAGCAUGAUCCACCUGACGCCCACGCAGGUCAAGAUCUGGUUCCAGAACCACCGCUACAAGAUGAAGCGGCAGGCCAAAAACAAGGCGGCACAGCAGCUGCAGCAGGAGGCCGGCCUAGGACCCCCACCGCCACCGCCUCCGCCCCCACCGCCCUCGCCACGCCGCGUGGCCGUGCCAGUGCUGGUCAAGGACGGCAAGCCGUGUCAGAACGGCGCGGGGAGUGGGGCGCCCACGCCAGGCCCGCCGCCCACGCCCGAACUGGAGGAGCUGUCGCCCAGCCCACCCGCGCUGCACGGGCCGGCGGCGGGGAUGGCGCUGGACGCGGCUGCCGCGGACUACAGCGGGGGCGUGCUGGGCGCCAACCUGCUCUAUGGCAGGACGUGGUGACCCGCGGUGCCGAGGGCCCGGGAUGACGCCUGGCACGGGCGGGGACUGCGGCUCCCCGGGGCCCGGCGCUGCCACCAGGCUUGGCGGUGGCGAUCGCGAUCUCCCGCUUCCAGGAGUUGCUAAAUACCGGAAACGCUGGCGGAGCCCUCGGGCACCAAGUUCCUAACCCGAGAGCAAGUUUUAAAAGUUGGAAACUUUGUUGGUGUUUGUAGCUCUCAAAAUCAACCCAGCUUCAACAGUCAGUCCUUUCCGACGCGAAAUUGAUCUUGGGAGAUUGAUUUUCGAAGGGCACCCCCUAAGUGCAAUUUCAUUAAUGUUUCAAAGUAAGUUGAAUUGUGACUCGAGGUGGAUCAUAGGGUCGUACACAUAGGAACAUUAUCACAGAGGAAUUAUUGCCAUUUAGGUAAAAUAGCGCAACAGACUGAAAAGAAACCAAAUUAUAUGGCUCAAUAUAGCGUUUAAAAUGCUGAUUUCAGAAGGUCUUCAUAAUUGUCAACCUAGUGUUUGUAUUAUUCUGCAAAAGAGCCCUUCCCCCACUAAGGCAAAGCUCAUCCUAGGAAGGGUUGUACUUUUUAUAUGGAAGCAGGUUUCUCCAUCUCUACUGAUAAAUAUACCCCGUCGUUCUGUAGACAUGGUACUGACUCUUUUUAAGGUAUUUUUGUCCGAAUUUGAAGCAAGCAAAAUUGCUAAAGUUGACAUCAACCUAUAUUUGAAAGCAUGUGAAGAAAGAAUAACAUGAUUUAUUGAAUUGUAAUAAAGAGUAACCAAAAUAUUUAUAAUUUUCCAUCAUAUUUAGAACUUAAUAGUUGCACCGAUUUUGUUGGUGUUUAUUGUAUAAAUAAUGUAUUUACUAUGCCAAUUUGUAUUUCCUAUGUUUCAAAUGAAUAUUUAAAUAUAAUUUAAAAGAACCUUAAGUACUUUUUCAUAAAACUCAAGUGGUCAUUUCUUUUUUAUAAAGUGUAUAGGAGCUUGUGACUUUUUAAAAAGCACUAGUUGGCAUGAUGUGACAACCUAGCCCAAUUUACUCAUGAUUUAAAUAACUGGGGUUGAAGGGGAAAUAUUGAAGCAGCUGAAUAAUGUGUUUAUAAAAUGUAGUUAAAUAAAAUGACUAAAGCACAGUUUACAAAUGCUGACAAAGUUACCAGAGAUCCCAAACCUCUUCUAUAUUAGAGUUCAGAAUAACAGUUUGGGACUGAAACAUUUCGUUUCAUUUCUUUGUUUGAAAAUUUUUCUCCAUGUGCAAAA